AUGUCUGGUGGAGAUGAUCUUAUAUGGCUGGAUGCUCGGCAGCACGGCUCGUCGACCCCGAGUCUCGCAUCAGAGACAGGGUCUUUGCUCAUAGACUCGCGACUUCGACCUGGAGAGCUCCCAGAAGCCAUCUUCAACAUACCUUGGGGCAGUGCUAUUGCCAUGUGGAACCUGGCAGCUCUGGUGAUUCUGGCUUCCCUUAUGCCCUCAGAUCUUAGCCGCAGCAAAAGAUCGACGUAG